CACGUGCUCCUGUUCCCGCUCGCGUACCAGGGUCACAUCAAUCCCAUGUUCCGGCUGGCCGGCAUCCUCCACGCUCGCGGCUUCGCCAUCACCAUCUUUCACACCCACUUCAACUCUCCAGACCCCUCUCGCCACCCAGAGUAUCGUUUCGUCCCAGUCCCCGACGGCGUGUCCGGACCGGCUCCCGUCGCCAUGGAGGACGUCGUCUCCCACAUCUUCACGCUCAACGCCGCGUGUGAGGCGCCCUUCCGUGACCGCUUGGCCGCCGUCCUGGAGGAAUACUCCAGGGACGCCGUGGCAUGCCUCAUCGCCGACGGCCACCUUCUGUCCAUGGUGCAAGUGGCCACGAGGCUCGCCGUGCCCACCCUCGUACUGCGUACCGGCAGCGCCGCCUGCUUCUCCUGCUUCCGCGCCUACCCGAUUCUCAUCGACAGAGGCUACCUUCCAGUGCAAGAGUCGGAGCUGGAGACGGAGGUGGGCGAGCUGCCUCCGUACAGAGUGCGCGAUCUGAUGCGGGUGGGAAGUCACAACCUGACUUGCGACCUGCUAGCGCGCUGUGUCGCGGCCGUGGACGCGUCGGCCGGCCUCAUCCUCAACACGUUCGACGCGCUGGAGCAGCGGGAACUGGAGAAGCUCCGGCGGGAUAUCUCCAUGCCAGUGCUCGACAUCGGCCCUCUGCACUUGUUUUCGCCGGCCGCGGAGAGCAGCCUGCUACGGCAGGACCGGAGCUGCCUGGAAUGGCUGGAUGCGCGGGCGCCGGCAUCGGUGCUGUACGUGAGCUUCGGCAGCCUGGCGUGCAUGUCGCCGCGAGACCUGGUGGAGACAGCGUGGGGCAUCGCCGGAAGUGGCGUGCCGUUCCUUUGGGUAGUCCGUCCCGGCCUGGUCGCUGCUGCUGGGGAAGAGAACGAGGCGACGGCGACGCGGCUGCCGGACGGGUUCGAAGCAGAUACGCGCGGGCGCGGGACGGUUGUGGAGUGGGCGCCGCAGGAGGAGGUGCUCCGGCACCCCGCCGUGGCUGGGUUCUGGACGCACUGUGGGUGGAACUCGACGACGGAGAGCGUGUGCGAGGGAGUGCCAAUGCUGUGCCGCCCGCACUUCGGCGACCAGAUGGGGAACACCAGGUACGUGGAGCACGUCUGGAAGGUGGGCUUCGAAGUCGGUGGCGAGCUCGAGAGGGGCGCGGUGGAGGCGGCCAUCCGGCGGCUCUUCACCGGGACCGACGGCGCCGAGAUGCGGGCCAGGGCCGGCGAGCUGAAGAAGGCGGCCAAGGAGUGCACCGGCGUGGCCGGUUCGUCGCACCUGGCCAUCAAUAAGCUGGUCGAUCACAUGCUAUCCUUGUAG